CUAAUUCCUACAAGAAAUUUAAGAAUUAGUUGUUCUUCUUCUCCCAUCUGAGAUCUACCAGUAAUUGCACAUUGCGGUGCCUACUUUCACAGAUUCAGUCUCCCUCAUUUCCCCCAAAUCCGUAAAUGAAAAAUUAAAAAAAGAUUCAAUUGCAUCUUUAUAUAUUCAUUUUCAUUCGUCACUGCAAUUUUCGGGGGAUAAGUUUGGGAUUUUGAAUCAUGUGGGGCACCAUUGCCAAUUUCAAGGAAAACCUCAACAAGAUCGCGCUCGAUGUUCAUGACGACGACGAAAUUCUCCGUGAGUACGGUACCGGCAUCACUGCCGACGGCGACAACUCCGCUGUCUCCGGUCGCCGGAGUUCGCACGGUUCCGCCAGUUCAAAAUCGGGGAUUACGUCGCCGCUCGCCAACGGCAUCGAUCAUGCUUCUCUUCCUGAGAUAGAACAGUACAAAGCAGAAAUCAAGAAACUUCAAGCAUCUGAGGCAGAGAUUAAAGCAUUAUCAGUUAAUUAUGCUGCUCUGUUAAAAGAAAAAGAGGAUCACAUUGUUAAAUUGAAUAAAGAAAAUGGCUCACUAAAGCAGAAUUUGGAGGCUACAAAUGCUGCUCUGCGUGUCUCCAGAAUUGAAGGUUCUGGAGUAUCUACAAAUGGAACUUAUACGGUCAAGGGAAGUACAGAUCAAUCACCUAAUCGACAGAACAAGUUCAACUUGCAACGUAAAAGUCGGAAUGCCAUGAACAAUGGAACUGUGUCUACUUUGAAAUCUGAUGCUAUUCAAAGUGAGAUGGAAUUCAAACAUUCAAAUUUACAAGGAAAUUCCAAGGAGCUUGCGCUUGAUGGAAAUACCUCAGCAGCUGUUCAACAUUCCUCAGAUAUACAAAGGUUGAAGUUAGAACUACAGGAAGAACAUGAUCAAUUGGCAAAGAUUCAGCUCAAAUUCCAAGAGGAACAGAGAUUAAGCCAGUCUUUUCAAGAGGAGCUUAAAAUGUUAAAGUUGGAAAGAGACAAAAAAUCAAUGGAGAUGAACAAAAUACACAACGAGUUGAAUGAAAAAGUAUCAGAAAUAAAGCAUCUACAAUUAGAGUUGACAAAACGGGAAAAUGAAGCAGGGGAGGCUGUGGAUAGCUUAAAAAGAUUUAUCAAAACUUUAGAGAAGGAAAACACCACUCUUAAGAUGGAAAAAAAUGAAAUUGAGGCUGCUCUUGAAAAUAGCAGGAAGUCUUUCACAGAUAAAAUGAUGCGUGAUGCUACACAUACUCAGGAAAAAGAUUCAAGCAGUGUCAGUGAUAUGCCAGAUCACUCCAAAAGUUUUCCAGAAAAGGAAGAAAUGGAAAGAUCAUUAGACAAGCUAAGCAAAAAUUUGAAUGAAGCACGGCGGGACAGGGACAAAGCAGUACAAGAAUUGAACCGUCUCAAACAACAUUUACUGGAAAAGGCAUCUGAGGAAGCAGAUAAAAUGGAUGAAGACAGCAAAAUCAUCGAAGAGCUACGUGAUAGCAAUACUUAUUUAACAGCUCAAGUAUCACAUCUUGAGAGAACUCUGAAGCAAGCACUUGCAAGUCAAGAGGAACUGAAGAUGGCUAACAAUAGUGAAAUUCUCAAGUCUAGAGAAGCCAUUAAUGACCUGAACAAGAAGCUUACAAACUGUAUGAGCACUAUAGAUGCUAAAAAUAUUGAACUUUUAAAUCUACAGACAGCUCUAGGGCAGUACUAUGCUGAAAUUGAAGCCAAGGAGCAUUUAGAAAGGGAGUUGGCUCAUGCAAGAGAGGAAAUUGCCAAGCUUUCUCAACUUUUGAAAGAAGCCGAUCACAGAGCAGAAGUUUCAAGGAAUGAAAGAGAAGAAAUUUUAGCCAAGCUUUCACAAUCUGAGAAGGUGCAAACUGAAUGGAGAAGUAGAGUAAGCAAGCUUGAGGAUGAUAAUGCUAAAUUGAGGAAAGUUCUUGAGCAGAGUAUGACACAGUUGAAUAGAAUGUCGGUAGAUUCGGAUUAUCUUGUUGACAGGCGCAUUGUGAUAAAAUUACUGGUAACUUAUUUUCAGAGAAAUCACAGCAGAGAGGUUUUGGAUCUUAUGGUUCGCAUGCUAGGAUUUUCUGAUGAGGAUAAGCAAAGAAUUGGUGGUGCUCAACAAGGUGCUGGUAAAGGUGUUGUUCGUGGAGUUCUAGGGCUGCCUGGCCGCCUGGUUGGAGGCAUCCUGGGAGGAAAUUCGACUGAAUCAGCAGCUAAUGCCGGAUCUGAUAACCAGUCUUUUGCAGAUCUGUGGGUUGAUUUUCUUCUCAAGGAAACGGAAGAAAGAGAAAAGAGAGAAUCAUCAGGAAAUUCAGGUAAAUCCACGGAAGAUCCUUCCAGUAAAAGUCCAAAUACUAUGUCUGCCACUCCACCAUUUUCCAACAAAAGUCCAAACACUAUUUCUGCCACUCCACCAUUUUCCAAUAAAAGUCCAAGUACUAUUUCUGCUACUCCACCCUUUUCGAAUAGGACGUUUGAUGCUGGAAAAACAUCACCUUUUCAGAUUACUCCAAUUAAUCAAAACGUCAGUCCUCCCCCUCGUGUUUAUUUUCAGCGCUCUGAACAUUUUGAUUCUGAGUUCUCAACAGUUCCUCUUACGUCAUCCGAUGCUCAAACAUCUAGUUCUAAUCUGCUUCCAAGAUACUAAGUAUACAUUGGAGUACGCAAUUAAACAAAGGUAUAUAUCAUUGUUUGUUAAAUUAUAGGCAUGCGAUAUUGUUCAAUUAAUUCUUUAACAUUUAAAAUGAGUGUCUCUUUUUCUAUUAAGAGGGUGCGGGGAACUUCUCAGUAAUUUUGGAAGAUGUAGAUGUCAUGUAAUAUCGUUCACAUUUCUUUAAUGUAUAUAAUACACAAUUCUAUACUUGAGAACCAGUUCGCAGCUAUAAUGUAUUCUCUAUUUUGUGAUCCGUA